UCCUGUAUAUCACUGUAUGUUAUUUUUCAUGGCUGUGUUGUGUAAAUGUUGUCCAAAGACCUCCACUACAUAUGCCCUCUGCUGGCCAGAUUGUCUGAUAUCCCAGUUCAGAUAAAGAACCAGGCAGAAAGCCCAGAUUCAAGGGAAGCCACUCCUACUGCUCAGAACUAACCGUUAAACCGGGAAACGAAACCUAUCUCUGUGAAUCUGCUGCUCAGUCUGGGUGUUUCACAAUGGCAGAAGCACAUUUUGAAGAUAUGGAUUUGAUGACCUGUUCAAUUUGUCUGGAUCUACUGAAGGAUCCGGUGACUACUGCCUGUGGACACAGUUACUGUAUGGACUGUAUUAUAGAACACUGGGAUCAGGAUGAUCUGAAAGGUUUCUACAGCUGUCCACAGUGCAGAGAGACCUUUAUACCACGACCUGUUCUGAACAGGAGCACUGUGCUGGCUGAAGUGGUGGAGAAACUGAAGAACAGAGGACUCCAGGCUGCUCCCCCUCCUGCUCACUGUUAUGCUGGACCUUUCGAUGUGGGGUGUGACAGCUGCAUUGGGAGAAAACUCAAAGCUUUCAAGUCUUGUCUGAUGUGUCUGGCCUCUUACUGUGAGACUCACCUCAAACUUCACAAUGACCUCAACCGAGGAAAAAAACACAAGUUGAUUGAUGCCACUGGACAACUCCAGGAGAAGAUUUGCUCUCAUCAUGACAAACUGCUGGAGGUUUACUGUCGUACAGAUCAGCAGUGUAUCUGUCUGCUGUGUGUGAUGGAUGAACAUAAAGGCCAUGAUACAGUGUCAGCUGCAGCAGAGAGGACUGAGAAACAGAAGCAGAUGGGGGAAAACAGUCUGAAAUCCAUGCUGAGAAUCCAGGAGAGAGAGAAGGAGAUGCAGGAGCUGAGACAGGCUGUGGACUCUCUGAAGCGCUCUGCACAAGAGGAAUUGUCUGACAGUGAGAGGACCUUAACUGAGCUGAUCCUCUUCAUUGAGAGAAGGCGCUCUGAGGUGAACGAGCUGAUCAGAGCCCAGGAGGAGGCUGAAGUGAGUCGAGCUAAAAGGCGACUGCAGCAACUGGAACAGGAAGUGGCUGAGUUGAAGAGGAGAGAUACUGAACUAAAGCAGCUUUCACACACAGAGGAUAACAUCCAUUUCCUCCAGAGUUUCCAGUCUCUCUGUGUUACUCCUGGAUCUGAGGCCAUACCCAGCAUCAGUAUCACAUUUGAACAAGCGAAGAAAUGUGUCUCUGACCUGAAAGAGAUCUGCAAGGUGGAAAUGGACAGGAUAUCCAGGAAAGAUGUGUUUAAAUCAAAUAAUAUGAUUAUAAUAUUUGUUUUUAUUAUUGUCUUGUUUGUAAUGUUUUUUGGGAGAGGGGGGGGGGGGCGGGGGAUGAAUCAGCUUUAAUAUUGCAGAUAGAUUGUGACUUAUAUCAGCGUAAUUGUCUGCAUCAUUUCCAAUACCCCAUAUAUAUAUUUUGAAAACUUCAUCUUAAAUAUAUUUUCCUUUUUUAUUAAUUUCCCCAAACCCUACCACCACUCCCCUAACUGGAGUAAACUAAUGGACAGAAUACUUAGGCUUCCACUUCCAGCUUAUACAUAAUACAUACAUUUCACAGACACUGUAUUUGACAUUAGUUGUCUUUUGUUUGUUUUUACUCCCAUCCCUCAGCUACCCUCAACUUCUCCCAUCUACCUCUGAAGACCAUCCAGUUUCAUUUCUAUUUUCCAUAUACAUUUCUCAUAUUCUGAACCUUUCUAAUCUCAUAGUUUCUACAGAUUGUAAAUAUUAAAGAUAAACACCUUUGCUAAGA